AUGGUCCAGCGCCUGGUUGCCGAAGAAAUUGAAGCAGUCGUGGAAGAACAGUACAAAGAAAGCUACAAAACCAUGAAGCAGUUUGAAGGCAAUGACAAUCCGCUGGCUGUGGCAAAGGAUCUCCGAGAAGAGAUCUCGAACUUCCGCGCCAACAUGCCUGUCAUUCGGGCUUUGUGUCAAGAGGCCUUUGAACCACGGCAUUUCUCGGACCUCUUCGAGGAGCUCAAGAUGGAUAUGGACAUGGAGGAUGGUAUUACCCUGCAGCAGAUGCUGGAUGUGGGUAUCCUAGACCACAUCGACACCCUCGAGCGCAUUAGUGUCAAGGCUCAGAAAGAGCACGGCCUCAAGACAGCCUUGGCUACAAUGAAGAAGGAGUGGCGUCCUAUCGAGUUCGGCCUCGUCCCUCAUAAAGCGGGUACGCAUAUGGUCAGAGGGAUCGACGAGAUUCAGGCGGUACUUGAUGACCACAUCGUCAAAGCAAUGGGUAUUCGUGGCUCUCCAUUCGUGGAACCGAUAGAGAAGGAAGUCAAGGACUGGCUGUUGAAGCUCACCUACAUCCAAGACUUGCUGGAGCAGUGGCUAGCCAUGCAGCGCUCAUGGCUGUACCUUGAGCCCAUCUUCAGCUCAGACGACAUCCAGAAGCAGCUUCCCAAUGAAGCAAAGAGAUUCCAGCAGGUCAACAUGCUUUGGCGAACUACAAUGGAGUCUGUGGCUGAAAACCCCAACGUCUUGGAUGUCUCAGAGAUUGAGAAUCUUCUCGCGAGCUUCAUUGAUGCCAACAAGAAGCUAGACGCUAUCCAGAAAGGUUUGAAUGACUACCUGGAUACAAAGCGCGUGGCAUUUCCUCGCUUCUUCUUCCUCUCGAGCGAAGAGCUGCUGAUGAUCUUGUCACAGACAAAAGACCCAACCGCUGUGCAGCCGCACAUGGGAAAGUGCUUCGAAGGUAUUAGCAGAGUCCGCUUCAACAGCACAAAUGAGAUCAUCGAAGCGAUGUCGUCCGUGGAAGGUGAGGUCGUGGAGUUUGCGCAGCCUGUCAAUGUAGUGGAGGGAGAGAAGAAGGGAAACGUGGAGAAGUGGCUAAUGGAGGUGCAAGGCUCAAUGAUAGACAGCCUUACGAAAGUCACAGGGUCCUCCUUGCUGGCCUACGCCAAGACAGAGCGCCAGGGCCUUACGCCUCUUGGAGUCAGGGAGGCAGGUUGGUUUGCGUUUCUUGACAGAUGA